UUGAUCUGAAAUUUUAACAUCAAUUUUGUGCAUAAAUUAAUUUAUCAAUCUUUGGUUGUAUUAAGUCUUCUUUGAAAAAGGUUAAAUUCUAUCUUUUUGAUAUAGAUGCAAUCUUUCACAAAUAGAAGGAAGAAAUCCAGGAAGAAGAAUUCUGGAGGAAUUGACUUCUUUAAAAAGGCUAGUGAGAGUCUCAAGAUGAACAAAAUGGACUUUGAUAAUUAUAAAGAAGUUAUCGAAGAUCAUAUUUCAAAUGUCAAGAAGCCAUAUAUACCAGAUUUUGGAAUAGAAGAAGAACUGAGGCUAACCCAGAAAUCUUCCCACUCUUUUAUGAAUUUUGAUGACAACAACCCCCUCUUUCAAAGUCAAAGAACUGCGAUAAAAGCAGCGAACAACUGGCUGUUGAUAGCUGACUAUAUCAAUAAAGUUCCAAAGAACGAAAAGGUCUUUAGAGUUAUCCAGAGAAUCAACUCCAUGCGGGAUGAGGCAAUGUAUUUAGCAGCUAAAGAUGCCCAAUCUAAAAAAAGAAGAAAUAAAUAGAAACAGACUCAUGUCAGGAGAUAAGAAACCCCUUGAAUUAAAUCCCCCAAAUCCGACUGAAAGAGUGACCAAAGAGCCUUCACAGGAAAAGAAGGAAACCAAGGGACUCAGUUGGCUUAAAGACUGGAUGACUACAAAUAACACAAAGCCUGGUAAAUCGUUUCAGAAACCUCGAAGGAUUAAUGUGAAAGACAGAAGUUUCGUAUUUAACAAGUCCAAGUCAAGCCUGAAGUCAGAUAAUCACUCUAUGAAGUUGAACUCUACUUUCAUAGGAAGGGUACAUAAAAACUUCUCUCCUGAGGCCAGGAAGCUGAGCCCUGGAGAUGAACACGAUGAGUGUUUUAUCAGAUGAAUGCCUAUGUCUCCAGGUGGGUCUCGUCACAACCAAGCAGACUACAUGAGUAUUAAAAAUAUUAAAAAGAAUAUUCAAAAAUUAGCAGAAUUGAAGUCUAAAAUUAACCAAAAGUCUUUCAGACAAAGCUGGACUAGGAACAACCGAAGUGCGAGGAAAGUCUCGAUCAAUUUAGCCAAGACUAAUGUUGUUCUCAAUAAAAACAAGCUUGCUAAAGAAAACCAAAGUGUCGAUAAGCAAGAUAAUUUUGGAGAAACCUCUCUCCCAUAUUCAGAAUUUAAGAAUACUCAAGACACGAAUCUACUUUCAAAAACUAGAAAAUUACAGGAGAGCGAGAUUGUUAGCGGAAAUGAAAAUGAACAAAGUAUAAUGAAAUAAGUACCUUAAUGAGUCAGAACGAGUCCUGAAACUUAUUGUAAAGAAACUUAAUUUGAUGUUAAAAGCUCUAAAGCUUGAACUUAAAUUUCCAAGAAAAAUUCAAAUCAAGGAGUCUAUCAAAUUAUAUCGGCAAUUAUGCAUGCCGAAUAAGAAGAAUCCAACUAUCCCUGAGGAACAUGAAGAUAAUGUGAAAGUACUAAUAUUUCAGGACCUUCUCGGGUUGAUAAGGAAUAAAUGCACUGGACAUAAGCUCAAUUUUAAAAUGUAUCUUGCCACUAGCAGAAUGUCUUCACAUCCUGAAAUCAUGGAGAUGAUUAAGCUAGUCAAAUAUUUCAUCCAAAACUCCUUUUCAAAAUAAUUACGAAAGCGAGAGAAGAAAAAUUAACAUCCAAACCGUGAUGAAGGAGAUGAGAAAAGAUCAAAAAUUGGAAGUAGAUGAUGCCUCUGUCUCAUCUCCAAGUCCAACUAGGGAAUAUGACAGUUGAAAUCCUAAUUUUAACUUCAGCAUGUGACGAGAGGAGGCUAAGAAAUCAAUGAGAGAUAGAUCAGUUUGUCCUUCUAUCAUCAAAAAGAUUCUUCAAAACAAACUUGUUCCAAAAUCAAAUAGGCAACAUAGGAAAGAAAAAAUAAUGGAGAAAGAGAUGUCCAAAAACUUAGGACAUAAUGUUAGUUCCUUUAUCACCAGAAAGCAUUAUAAAUCACCAAAACAUCAAAAAGAAGUGAGAAUAAAUAGCUCACAACUAUCUCAAUCAAGCUCAGAUGUAGUUCAUUUCCCCAAGCCCUUAGGGGUAUACAAAAAUAGGCUUUUGAAGAUUUAUAACUAACGAUGCCAUUUCAAUA